CAUGUGUUUUAUCCCAAGUACGAAAGAUGGCAAUACUAUCAUUCUGUACUAGCAACAUAACCUUUAUGUUUUGACAUAUACUGUAACAUAAAUACGUGUAUUUUCAUAGAUAAAUCGUAGAUAAAUUUAUGAUAUUGUGAUUUUUUUAUAAUUAUAUAAACGAAAAAUAAAUCUUAUCGUGUGACAAAAAAUGCCACUAAAAUCAUCAACGAAUAAUAAACGCAGUAGCAAAAAUAAAAAGAGUGCGACGCAAACAUGUAUUCUUCCUGAAGCAGUAGAUGCAAAUAGCGCAAGUGGUUUGAACCUAGAAAUGGAGGAUAAAUUUGAAUUGGAAUUAUGUUGGUGUAUACAACAAUUAGAAGCGAGUUUAGCUAGCGGCAAAUUACACAAUAAGCAGGCACAAGAUCUCAGCAAACAGUUACAUUCAUUAAAGAGUAACACUGCGCCAUUAGUAAAGAAGAGACAAAUAAUGAGAAAUGCAUUGGGAAACUAUAGGGAGAAGAUGGCUGAGGACGAACGAAAACUUAGCAGAACUGUGUCAGCUGUCAAAUUUACAAGUUCUGCCUCAGCAAACAAAAAAUCAAUGUUUAUCAGGAAAGCCAUUCAACAUGAUGCACAGGACUUGAAAGAACAAGCAAAUGAUGAUCAUAAACUGCAAAAUGUAAAGCAAGCUAUCAUUGAUAAUAGAACUCAAAUCCCAUUUCAAUUUAAUUUUUAAACAUGUUAAUAAAAUCAACUUUUAUAUUAAUAU